AUGUCCGAAAAAGUUUAUGUAGGUGGUUUAGGCAACAGUGGUGACAAGCAAGAGCUAUGGAGAGCUUUUUCCAAAUAUGGAACUCUGCGUGAUGUAUGGGUAGCACGCAGUCCCCCAGGAUUUGCCUUUGUGCAUUAUGAAGAUUUCCGAGAUGCAGAGGAAGCUGUUAGAGCUAUGGAUGGAAGGCGUCUUGGUGAUAAAAAGUUACGAGUUGAACUUUCAAGGACUAGAAACCGUGAAGAGGGUAGAGGUGGGAGACGAGGAGGUCGUGGAGGCGGUUACCGAGGAAGCAGCAGUAGGUAUGACAGGCGAGAUGAUAGCAGACGAAAUGACUAUGGCCGUGGAGAUUAUGGCAGUCAACGAUUCUCACAGUCUCAUCAGAGGUAUUAACCUUGCCUUUAUUACCUUUUUUACCGUUAAAGUGUACAUGAAAUGGAAUAGAUUGGUUGUUUUCAGAGAAGAUUAAAUUAUAUAAAACAAUUUAACUUGUGUGCAUUCAAGUGGUCAGAAGGAAAUUUUAGUCUCGUACUCUGGCCAAGAAUUGUAUUUUGGUACUGCCAAACAUUGUAUGUUGAGUUGAAAAUGAAAUCAAAACAUUAUAUUUUAUUCUUGACCAACAUUCCAUUUCAUUUGUGCUUUAAUGCUGACCAGAAACAUAUAACCCUGGACAGGGUUAUAUGCUUCUGUGCUGACUGAAACCAUGUUAUUAUUGAUAUUACUUUGUAAAGAACUAACAUUUUUUUAAAAAAAACGUUUUAUUUUUCAUUUUACUUUAUUAGGUUAUUUGAAUGUGCAGGGGAGAGAGCCUUACUAACUGUCAUGAUUACCAUUUUUAUAGGUGAUUCAUUCAAGGGUUUUUAGUCCUUCCAAACCCAUUCAACAUCUCUUCUGAUCAGAGAAGAAUUUUAAGCUCUCGACAAAGUUCUGCAUUACAUCUGGGACUACACAUCCUUCAAUCCCUCCAACACCUGUUAAUUAAGUGAAAAACCUGCAACCCAGUCAACAGCAGAAGCAUUUUUCCUCACCACUCUACGUCAUCUGUCCCUUACAACAUUUUAGGCUCAGUUCUUCAAACCUUAGCUGCUUUCCUGUGUAGUUUUCACAGAUUUCGCUCAACCAGCAAAAAGUGGAUGUUACUUCAUUGCACUUCUCCCCCCAAAUUGAGUCUGUGCAUGCUUCUGUUUUGGUUUGAUGUGUCGGCAGGAGUAUUUUUACACCAAAAAUCCAUGCAAGCCAUUAGUCAGAAGUAAAUUUAAGUUCUGCAUCCAUGUGAGGGCAAGAAGGUUUUUCCUCUAAAGGAUUGUUCCAGUCAACUUGUUUCCAGCAGCUUCCAGUGCUGCUAAUGUCUGCAGAUGACAGAAGAAUUUCACCCCUAGAAGAGCUAAGGUUGCCCAAGUCAUCUUAUGACACCAAUGAGGCUUAGUAUAUGUAGUCCUGACGCUGAUUAUAUUGAAGCAUCAAAACACCUUUACUUGUCAAUUUUAUCACCGGGUAGCUCAGAUGUAAGUGUCUUAAGGGUAGAAAUAGUCUAUUGUGUCUUCACGUAAGUACAUUUGGGUGGCUAACAGCUGGAGUUAUAAGUUUAAUUAGAUUUAUUUAACCUUUUGUAUUUUGCUGCAAAUUUUUUAUGUGAAGGGGUGCCUGAAGAAAGUGCCCCAAGGGUCCUUCUAAUAGAGCGCUGCAAUAUCCUAGAAGUUUCCCUCGGUUUGCUUAUAAAAUGUAAGGACAACAAUAACAAUAUGAUUUGACUUGAGAAUGAGAGUCCCUUCCUUUUCCACGUGCACCUCUUCAUUUUAGUGAAAAUAAUAACUUAUGUGCUGGUUUGUUUGUUGUUCUCAGAUGGUAACGGUUAGCAGUAAUAAAGCUGCCUUAUUCAUACUUGUGCAUAGUACUCUUUGACUUUUAUAUAAUGUCAUCAUAACAAAAAAUCUUUUUAAGUGAGAUAUAGAUAACUAUAGACAUAUUAAUUAAUAUUAUUACUUGACGUCACAACCAUGUUUACAUACUCUCAGGCAAACACGCCUCUCAGCCAAUCAGAGCGCGUGUACUAUCUUAGCUAUUUUAUAAAAACAGUUAGAUUUAUCUAAGAGAGAAUUGAAAGCCAGAAAGUGUCAGGACCAGAUGAUGGACUGUAACUGGACAAAAAUAAAUUUCUGUUUGAACAAAUAAAUUUGCAAACCUGAGAACCAUUUUGCUAACCUUACUGGGGUUGGCCAUUUUUUAGAAUGUAUUUUUUUUGGUUUUGAAGAGAGUUAAUGAUGUUUUCUGGAUUCUGAGCAAAGUUGGAAUUUUACAUGGCCCAUUUUAUUUGCCACCCAUCAUAAAUGUCUUUUUAAUUAUUGUCAUCAAUGAUUUCCUUACUUUGCUGACUUUUUCAUCUUUUUUACAUUUGUGUCUGUAGAUCUCCACCACCAAGAUCCCAGGACUAUUCACAGUAAGUUUUUUCAGCUGUCCAGAAAUAGGUAAUAUAAGGAGGCUGGGGUAAAUACCCCUUUCAAAAUUAAGAGUGCACCCCCUCCCCCACCCCUGCAGGAGUAGUUGCCAAGUGCUUACAUUGUUGUAUUUUCAGGGGGAGAUACAGUCGAAGACGCAGUCGCUCACGUAGCCCAGUGAAACAUUCAGAUUAGAAUUUGACGUUUUUCAGGUAAAACAAUAACUGCUGUGUUUUCUGCUAAUACAGUUUAACGUAUUCUGCUGGACAACUUUUAGUCACAGACAGUUCUCUUAAUGUGCUUUCCAUUUGUCAGAACUGGCUGACCAGACCAUUCCUGUUAAAAUAAGUAUUUCACACUGAAAACUCUCCUGCCAGAUCAGUCAAUUCCUAAAUAAUAUGCAUGCAGUUUGUGGGUUUUUCACCAAAAACUCUUAAAAACACUCACCUCAUUGAUUAUUUCAACAUGACCAUUCUAAAGCCCGUUUAAUUCUUGAAAGGCUCGGAAACUUUUUGGGCCCAAAGGUAAAUUUUAGAAUUACAGUCGACUCUCUCUUAACGGACACCUCUAUAAGACGGACCUCUCUGUAAAACGGACACUUAGAGUUGAUCCCUGCCCUUCUUUACUCCUUUUAUUUGACUCUCUAUAAGACGGACACCUCUCUAAGACGGACACUUAGGCAAACUUAGUGCCGGUCCCAAAGGUGUCCGAGAGAGUUGACUGUAAAACCUGUUGAAUGGUAGCACAGUUCAUAGCUCUAAAACCGGUCAAUUUUGCUUAGUUAACUAAUAAUUUCAUUGUAUCAUUUUCAAAAUUAUGGAAACUUUGAUCUUAGGUGCAAACACGGUAAACAUAAAACAGUUUUUCGGGCCUGAAAAGCUACUGGGACUUUCAAGAAACCGGUACCUAGCCAGGCAGUUCCAACCUCUGAAAAGGGCCCUUAGUUUUAAAGUUACUCAUCUUCAUACUGAUUCCCUUACUUUGUAAGUUGUAAUAAAGGGGAAUAACAGUUCUUCUAAGUAUCUUAACAUAAGAUUUCUUCUUUGGUUGUAUGGGUCCAAGACUAAAAGUAUGCAUUUACAAGGUCCUCUGAGGUGAGGGAUGUAUGUCACCAGGCAGAAUUUCAAAACCCAUGGUUUCGCAUAUUGAGCAUAUUUUACUGUUGUAUAUGUGAUUGUCCUGAUCACUGUUGCAGUUUCAACGCCAUUUCACCUGUGUUAUCUCUAGACUGUACAGAUAGAAAGUUGUUUGCCUGGGUGCAGACGUCUCCUAUUUCCUUUGUUGCACACAAAGGAAAAUAGGAGACGUCUGCACGCAGGCAAGAAAGUUGUAGGCAUGGAAUUCGGUUGUUAGUGUCUUGUUUUUAAUGCAUUUGCAUAGAACAGUAUAAUAUUGAGAUGGAGUACAAUAUUACAAUAUUAUGUCUUUUAUAUCCAUAUGAAUGAUUUUUUUGUAUGCUCAUGCUUUUCCUUUCUUAUUUAUUUUUCAGAGUUAAGAGCUUUGCAAGUAUUAAAGCAGGCAGUUUGUAGAAAUAUUUUAAUUAAUUUAAGUCUGUCUCUGACACAGCUUAAUUUUCACAUCAUUACUAUUAAUUUGAAAUUUCAAAGUGAGAAAAAAAUGCUAAAUACGAGAUCAUUAAUGUCAUUGUUUUAUUAUUGA